UCUCUCUCUCUAUUGCAAUUUUCUUAUUAUAUUGGAAUCGCCAUUUACGAGUACAUUGCUAAAGAAAUCGAACAACAAAAAAAGAGCAUGGAACCCGGGGAAAAGAAUAAGCAGAAGCCGACACAGGAAAAAGAGAAGAACAAGUCUGAAGACGCAGCCUCGGAUGCCGUAGGCUCCGGCGUGCGUAAAUCGGACGGGGAUCUCGUCGAUUUUUACGAGGGCGUUGCACUCGGACCGCCCCAGCAACGGAUGCUCUGCAAAGCCGUACCAGAGAAUGUGCUCGCGGACUAUGAGCAGAUGUUCGAGACGAUCGGGAAUGUCAUCCAGGAAAUAGUUGACUUCGGUAAGUACGAAGUAUACCUGAUGCUGUAUCCCCCUCUGGCCAUCAGCUACCUGCAAAUGGUGUGGAGCGGCAAGUAUGAGAGGGCCAUAUCCUUCGUGGGUAGGAACGAAUACAAGUUGGACGAUUCCUACAAGAGGCGCGUCGAAAAUCUGAAGCGCAUCCGCACGCCAGAAAACCUGCCGUAAAGAGCCCAGGAGCUGC